AUGGACCCCUCAGGAACCUAUGCCAACUGUCAAGUGGCUCGCACGACCUCCCUCCACCAUGAAUGUCAGGAUGGAAUCGCACAGACAGCCAAAGACGAACUCGAGUCGAGAUUCUCCGCAAAGAACAACAAAGGAUGGAGACGGGUAGUGUUGAACUUCACGCCGUCUUGGUUCGCAGCUACCAUGGGCACGGGCAUCACUUCAAUCCUACUGCACAACCUACCGUACAAUGGUGACUGGCUAUACUGGCUGUCGGUCAUCGUCUUCUGUCUCAACAUCGGCCUGUUUUGCGUGUUUCUGUUAAUCUCGACCCUUCGGUACAUCAUGUUCCCUGGCCUGUUCAUGGCAAUGAUCAGACAUCCGGUUCAGUCGCUGUUUGUUGGCACAUUCCCUAUGGGCCUUGCCACGAUUAUCAACAUGAUCGUCUUCGUGUGCGUGCCCGCAUGGGGCCAGUGGGCAGCGACAUUAGCCUGGACAUUGUGGUGGAUCGACGUGGUUAUUUCAGUGGCUUCGUGCAUGUGGUUGCCAUUUAUCAUCAUGCACAUCCACGAAAGCGAGCUGUCCAAGAUGACGGCGGUAUGGCUCCUGCCUAUCGUGGCCACCAUCGUCGCAGCGGCUUCGGGAGGUAUUGUUGCUGAAGUCCUACCAAAUCCUCAACAUCAGGUCUGGACGGUCGUCACAUCCUACGUCCUCUGGGGCACCGGCUUCCCGCUGGCAAUGGUUGUGCUGGUCAUGUAUUUCCACCGCCUCACCAUUCAUCGACUCCCUCCAAGGGAAGUGAUCGUCUCCGUCUUUCUCCCGCUCGGACCUCUCGGACAAGGUAGCUUCGGCCUGAUGCAGCUCGGCAAAGUAUGUGCGGAAGUCUUUCCCAACACCCACAACUUCGGGCCCGAGAGCGGCAGGGUCAUUUACAGCUUCAGUACUGUGUGCGCCUUGGUAAUCUGGGGAUAUGGCUGUGUAUGGCUGUUCUUUGCCCUUGCCAGUAUAACGCGAAGCAAAUUCCCCUUCAAUAUGGGCUGGUGGGGGUUCACUUUCCCGAUCGGUGUCUUUGCAGUGUCGACGUGCACCCUGGCCAAGGAAAUCCCGAGUCGGUUCUUCAAAGUGCUCGGCACGAUAUUUUCUGUUGCUGUCAUCUUGUUGUGGUUGAUUGUCGGACUGGCAACAUUGAAAGGGGCCAUCUCUGGCACGAUUUUCUUCGCGCCUUGCGUUGCACAAUACGAGCAGCAAGUGGUGCAGGCACAGAAGCGAAAAGAGAGGAAGCAGCGGCGGGCGUGGUACAGCAACUUGCAUAAGAAGAAGGAGAUGGAGGAGGGGAAGGCAAGGGAAGAUGGAGAUAGACAAGAAGUGUAA